AUGAAGCAAUCACAAUAUGCAGCAAUUUUAAAUGGACUAAAUAUACGAAGAAAAAAACGUUUCAAAGUAAAAGUCUUGCAACGUUCCAAGACAUUACCUGUAAUGCACAUGCAACCAGAAAUAGUUCUGCAAUGUCAAUCUGAAAAUAUCAAAAAUCAAUCCUCAAAAAGUGAGCACACAGCCAUUAAUGAAGAUGUCAAGAAGAAAUAUGAAGUUUCUGCUGAAGGUAAAAAAAAAGAAAAACCAAGAUUACGUAGUGUGAGCGUUGACAGAAAAUCCAACUUUUGUCAUCAGUCAAGCAAUUUAUCACACUACACAGUUGCUUGGACAUCCAAAGAUGAUGAUAAUCUUAAAAUUACUCAAACUGGAGAAUCAAAAGAAAAAUCAACAAAACAACUUUAUUAUACAACACCACCGAGGGUUCCAGAAGAUAGAGUAAUAGGUUUGGUUAUACAUCACUUGACUGAAACUAACAUGAAGAACAUGGUACCAAGCCUGGAUGGGGAAAAAAGAUUGGAUAAUAACAGUGGUUUUUCUCGUCUGGCCCGCAGGCUAAGUCAAAAAGAAAAGACAGAUUUUAGCCGUGGACAAUUGCGUCAACGAUCUGUUAGUGUUGAUUUAAGCAAUGGCCAGUAUCAACCAGUUAAUACCCCAGGUGACCUAAACCUUCUGAACAAACCCAACCAAAUGGCUAUGUCUUUUACUUCUCCUCUUUAUCCUCAGGGACGGCUCACUCGUUCAUUUUCUAUCCCUCAAUCAGUUACUGCCCAGACUGCUCUGGUUAAGUCCACAGUGGAGAUUUUAACCUUGAAGGCUGGCUGUGAAGAGAAUAUGGUACAAGCACCAAAUGAUGAGGCUACCCCACGUAAAAAAACUGGAGCUGUGGACACUUCCAAUAUGACAGUAGCAACUGUAGUGAAAAGAGGAAAAGGGGAGAAGAAAUCACCUCAUGAUAUAACGGCUCUUUUUGAUGCAGUUGAGCAACAAGAUUUGGAUCAAGUUAAAUUUAUACUAGAAAACAAUUCCCUUGAUUUAAAUAGCGUUAAUUGUGAAAAUCUUAGCCCACUGGACAUUGCUGUGAUGACUAAUAAUAUUCCAAUGGCCAAAUAUUUGCUCAGCCAUGGUGCAAAAGAGAAUCCAUUUUUUCAGCAACCGGAAUACUGUGCCCAAAUGCUUGAUACUCUAGUGGCAGAUGCAGAAAGCAAAGUUGUUAAUUUGAUGGCAGCAGUCUUAAAUGGAUCAUCUGCUGGAAAUAAUGUCUCUUCCUUGCACCAAAAAGAAAACGAGAAGCAGCUUGCUCACUGGGAAUUUAGGCACAAAUUGCUUAAGAGAAUGAGAACCGGUUAUUGCCUGGCUCGAUCUCCUGAUUGUCCAAGUAAUGUAACUCUGAGUGUUUCAAGUAGCUCAUCAUUAUUAGUGCAUUUUGAUGAACCACUCAACCACAAUGGUGCAGUAGUGACCAGUUACAAAGUUGAAUGGAGUAAAUCUAGUGACUUUCUUACAUUAGAAGGAGAAUCUACUAUGGAGGAAUUGAACAAUUUACAGUAUGAAAUUACAAACCUUGACAAAGAUAGUUUAUAUUAUGUACAAGUAUGUGCUCGUAAUAUGAAAGGUUAUGGAGCUUAUUCUGCCACAAACCCAUCAUGUGCCCAGCCUUCAAGUUGGCAUGAUGUUAAUGGUAUUAUACCACGAUCAAAAGGAAAAUUAAAUGCGCUUGAAGAUUUGUUUUCACAAGUUCGUCAAUCACGGCCUGUUGAUGCACCUGCUAUUAAAGAACCUUCUGGUGAAUCUCCAGUUCAAAGAAAAAGAAAAAGCUUGAAAAAUCUAUUUUCACUCUCACCAAAAUUUCAAAAAUCUCUCCAAAGAGGAGUAUAUCUGUCCUGCUUACUUCAUCACAAAGACAAAAUUCUGAUAACCCAAGAAGACCAAUUACCUGUUGUUGAAGUAGAUGAAAAUUUCUCAAGUACUUCAAUCCAUUCAGAUUUCUAUUGGCUCAUGAAGAUUGCUUGUACAUGGACUGAUGUGAAACCUUUACGGCAAGAUAUGUAUAAAAGUACAAGUGCUGGCUCCACACAUUUUAGAGGUAAACUACUUCAAGCUGCUGCUCUCUUGCAGAGUGCCUUGGGAUUAAAUGACCUUGGCCAGUUGUAUCAUAAGCCAUUACGUGAUACUAAUGGCAGUAUAGUGCUGGUGUGCAUCAAAGAAAUCACAGAUCCAAAGUUCUUGGCACUUGGCUCUGGCAAAUGGGUGUCCCAAGCUAAACUUCAAAGACGAAUGCCAGUUACUGACCAAGAACACAGUGAAGCUCAUGACCUUCUGCUUAAUACAGCUGCUGAGAUGAUUCUGUACAACGAAAGGAGCACUGCUCCUGUCCAACGAGGUCUCUAUCUUGGUUACUUAAAGAUGGUUAGCUCUGUUGAACUUAUUAAUGUGUUGACACCCCAUAAUGCACCAAAUGUGUUCCCACAUGUUAGAAUUCGAGAUUGUCCAAAUGUGUCCAAAGAUGAAUGGCAGUGGCUUCAAAACUUUGGUCAUUGUGAUACGACUUCGCUUUUUCCAACACCAACACAAAGAGACUUCCAUCACAUGUUGAACAAAGCCAUUAGACAACUAAUUGACUUAAUGGGACUAACAUGUGAAUUUGAUAAUCACCGACUAUAUGAUGUGGAAGUCAUUGAAAUGAGCAAAGAUGUAUCAUUCUUAUUAUUACUACCUCCUGUUGAAGAUGUAUGCAUUGUACCUGGAAGAGAAACUGAUCCAGUUACUAAACACAAUGACCUUUGUGCAUUGCCAGUUCAAGUAUUUGAAAUUAAUCAUAUGACUACUUACCAACCUGAGUUGAUAAGUCUUUAUUCUCGUCUUUCUUCAAUAUUGGAAAAUGAUUUGGAACUGGCACAACAGGCACAAAGAGAGGCUUUUUCUUCUCCGGAACUGGUAGCAGCCAAGGAACGAGUUGAUAUGCUAACUCAUCUACAAGCUGAAGUGGAAAAAACUUGGAAGGGAAAUCUUUGGGCAGUACAGACUGUGCACAUAAUCUCUUCCACAACAAUAGUUCAUUGCUCAACAAUGCAUCUUUACUCUGUGAUUCCAAUUUGA